AUGGCCUCUCCACCUCAAGUCGUGGAGGAUCAGGCACGACUCCUUGAAGAUGCUUUAAAUGUUGUUCGCCAACAAACACAACUCAUGCGACGAUGUUUAGAAAGUCCUGGGAAGCUUAUGGAUGCCCUGAAGUGCAGUUCAACACUCGUCUCCGAGCUCCGAACGAGCAGCUUAGGGCCGAAACAGUACUACGAGUUAUACAUGGCAGUGUUUGAUGCUUUGCGACACCUAUCCUCUCAUCUCAAAGAUUCCCAUCCCACUCAUCAUCUCGCCGACCUAUACGAGCUUGUCCAGUAUGCAGGAAAUAUCGUUCCUCGACUUUACCUCAUGGUAACGGUUGGUACAGUUUAUAUGAGUGUACCAGAAGCACCAGUCAAGGAGAUCAUGAAGGAUAUGAUGGAAAUGAGCCGUGGCGUACAACAUCCAACAAGAGGGUUAUUCCUCAGAUAUUACCUUUCCGGGCAAGCUCGCGAACAUCUACCUCAAGGUGAUGGCGAUGGACCAGAAGGAAAUCUGACAGAUUCGAUAAGUUUUGUUCUCACCAAUUUUGUGGAAAUGAACAAGCUCUGGGUACGACUACAACAUCAGGGCCACUCCCGAGAACGAGAAAUGAGAACACAGGAAAGGAAAGAGCUCCAAUUACUGGUCGGAAGCAAUCUAGUUCGAUUAAGUCAAUUGGUGGAUCUGGAAGUCUACAAGAACACUAUUCUGCAGCCACUGCUAGAGCAAGUAGUGCAAUGCCGGGAUGUUUUAGCCCAAGAAUAUUUGCUAGAAGUAAUCACACAGGUCUUCCCGGAUGAAUAUCACCUUCACACCCUAGAUCAAUUCUUAGCGGCUGUAUCGAGAUUGAACCCCCACGUUAAUAUGAAAGUCAUCGUCAUAGCAAUGAUGGACAGACUUUCUGCAUAUGCUGCUCGAGAGUCAGAAUCGAGCUCUGGAGUGGACCGCGAGAAGUCAGAGCAGGAGGCUGUCACCAAAUUACUCGAAACCACUCGGUUAAACAAGGAGAGUAAGGCUGCUGAGUCAAAGCCAGAGUCAACCUCAGCAGCGGAAUCCCCAGAGUCAAACAGUGAUCGUCCGUCAACGGAGACUAAUGGAGCCAGCACAGCCUCGAAUCCCAAGGAAGAAACUGACGAUAGCCUCAGUGUAGCUCCAACAGAAGUUGAGACGCCAUCUGUAGCAGAGACAGCCGACAAUGACGGUGCUAACGAUAAGUCAAAUGCCGUUCCUGACAAUAUUAAGCUUUAUGAGAUCUUCUUUGACCAAGUAAUGCAUCUUGUUGCUUCCCAGCGCUUGUCUGUACAAGAUACCUUGGCAUUGUUGGUAUCGUUAGUUAACUUGGCACUCAAAGUUCAUCCAGAUCGUUUAGACUAUGUCGAUCAGGUUCUCGAUUAUGCAUCGGAUAGAGUUAGAGCAUAUGCCAACACUCCCGAGUUACAUUCUCCAGAGGCACAGAAAAACAUACUAAAUUUGCUCCUGACACCUAUCACAUCUUACGCUUCCAUAUUUACGGCCUUGUCUCUCCCGACUUACAUCCCGUCAUUACAACUUCAAAUAUAUCCGACACGUCGAGCUGUUGCUGGCGAAGUUGCUCGCAAUAUACAGGGCAAUUCCACCAAAAUCUCUACUGUGGCCUCAUUAGAGGGAGUGCUCGAAGUUCUCAAGGUUCUCAUCAAAGAAGGAUCUCAAAAUCCUGCUAACUACGCUGGAGUACAGCGCAAAGCUCUCGAGACCGAUGAAACGAUAGAAGAGCAGGGCUGGUUAGCUAGACUCGUUCAUUUGAUCCAUAGUGAUGACAAUGAUACACAAUUUAAGCUUCUGCAAACUACCAAGGCAGCUUACUCGGAGGGAAACGAGCGUGUUAAAUUUACAACGCCAGCUCUAAUAACAUCAGCCAUGAAGCUCGCAAGACGGUUCAAAGCCAGAGAACAUUAUGAUGACAAUUGGGAGUCACAAAUAUCGGCUCUUUUCAAAUUCAUGCACUCAGCUCUCACAACUAUGUAUACCCGGGUGUCUGGAUCUGCCGAACUUUGUUUGAGGCUAUUCGUAGCAUGUGGUCAAAUCGCCGACCAGACAAAUUUUGAAGAAGUUAGCUACGAGUUUUUCGCUCAAGCAUUUACCAUCUAUGAAGAAAGCAUCAGCGACUCUAGGGCACAAUUUCAAGCAGUUUGCGUUAUUGCGUCCGCUCUGCAUGACACACGAAAUUUCAACAAAGAAAACUAUGACACGCUCAUCACCAAAUGUGCUCUACAUGGCAGUAAGCUAUUGAAGAAGCCCGAUCAAUGUCGUGCUGUUUUCUUAGCGAGUCAUCUUUGGUGGGCCGUGCCUAUCGCAGCAAAGGGGGAAACGGAUGAGAAGAAUCUCUAUCGUGAUGGCAAGCGGGUCCUUGAGUGCCUUCAACGUGCACUUCGGGUUGCGGAUGCAUGUAUGGAUACUGCUGUCUCGGUGGAACUUUUCGUUGAAAUUCUUAAUCGUUAUGUCUACUACUUCGAGCAAGAAAAUGAAGCUGUCACAACCAAAUACCUGAAUGGCCUCAUUGAAUUGAUUCAUUCAAAUCUUCAAGGCAAUCAAGAUUCAGCCACAAUUAACGAACCAAGAAAGCAUUUCCAACGUACUUUGGAUAACAUUACUUCUCGGAACUAUGAAGGUGUAGUAACAGCUGCUGCACCUUAG